AUGGAAAACGCCAGUGUUUACAGAAAUUAUGACCUUUUUCUUUUCUUUGUUUCCAUAGGUUCCCCAAAUAACAAACCUAUCAAUGCAGUUAUCAUGGCAAUUACAGGGUUUUUUAUUGGAGGCCCUUCCAACAUGAUCAGCUCUGCCAUUUCUGCAGACCUGGGGCAUCAGGACGCGAUCAAAGGAAAUAGCGAAGCUCUUGCAACCGUGACAGGGAUUGUGGAUGGCACCGGCAGUAUUGGGGCCGCUGUGGGUCAGUACUUAGUAUCUUUGAUCCAGGAGAAGUUGGGAUGGAUGCAAGUUUUCUAUUUCUUCAUUCUGAUGACCAGUUUAACAGUGGUCUUCAUCAUGCCGUUGAUCGUGAAAGAAACCAAUAUGCUCCUUACGCAGAGGCGCUCGCGCAGGUUGGCUGGCUGACCCUCUUCUCUUUUCUGUUGAGUGGACUUUUGUUUUUCCAAGAGGGAACUUGGCACUUCAGGCCUUUUGCAUUCAUUUCUUGAUUUACAUCCACAAAGAUCGGAUUUGCUGAGAAAUGGCCACCAACACGUUCAUCGCUGAAAGAUUGUCAUCUGAAUCCCAUCUGAAGAUAAUGCUAUGGAAACCCACAACUGGGAAAGAGCUGGCUGUAUGCUUGGAAGGCUUAGUUGAGUGUAACCGUGAGAGACGUUACGUCUUUUGAUUUUUAUCCCUUGUUCCCAAGGCUUGUUUGUGCGAUUAUCAAGAUCAAAUGAUAAAAACAUUGGGUUUGUGUGUGGGAGAAAGGUUUCUUGAAAGCAGAAAGUGAUUGUGCCUAGAAAAAGCGUUUGUAUAGUAAACCCUUGAUUUAAUGGAUUAGGGACCCGGGCAGGGGAAAGGGGUAUCUAUUAAAGCUGAAUGAGAUGGUUCAAGGCCAAAAUGUACCCAUACAUGAAAUUACUUUAAUAAUCAUAAGUGUUCGGUGUCGCCUUUACCUAUGAAGCCAUAGGUAAAUGGUAUACCUAAAAGUACAAACAUUUCUACCCUUUCUUACAAGACAUAGUCACCAAAUCUUGUAAAAGAGCUUGAGACAGGCACUAACUGACCAGGGAAUUAUUUAUGAACUAUUUUUUAAAAAACAAAUUAUGCAUGUGCAGCAGCAGAAAACAUUGCCUCACCUGAUUUGAUCCAUUGUUUGGGAUGAAUUCUGAUACUGCCUGAAAUUCAGACAAAAAUCCAGAUCCAACCUAUUUUGUCUACUGCAUUCAAGAUCCAUUAAACAGAGGACUUACUAUACUUGCUUUCUUCCUAUUGUGCUCAUUUAUUGGUGGCAAUCUUCCAGACGUUUUUAAACUUGAGGUUCCUUUGUGUCUCCCCAUUGGCUCUGCUGGCUAGGGCUGAUGGGAAUUGGAGUUCAGCGGCAAGAGGACAGCCACUUUACCUGCCCUGAUGCCAAUAUAAUAAUGUUAUUAUGUAAUGUUAUUCACAAAGAUAAUGUUAUUCACAAAGGGAGAAAUCCUUCGGAUACCUUGUCUUCCCCCACUUGCAAACCAGAGUGGAAUCAUCAAGCAAAAAGCUUCUCCAGCUGAUGGCUGGUGCCUUUACACAAACCGUCCCUUGUAUAUUUCUUUGUACUGUAAUAAGUUUGGAUCUUUGUGUUGUAAUCCAGGCACCAAAAAAAAAAAAAAAGCUGCCAAAUGGAGGAAAUGGACGGCGCUCUUUGCAUUUUACUUUGGUGAAGAGGAAAGGCAUUUCCAACUAUUUAGUAUCAAAAGAGCGUUUCAGAGCAACCUGGGCCAAUCCGCUGCUGGUUUUUGCAAGCUUUUUGGUAGCUCCCUAACUGCGUAUUUUUUUUUUAAUUAAAAAAAAUAUACAACAGGGUACUACUAUUAAAGCAGCUCUGAAAUCCUUGGUGUCCUUAUGUAAAAAGAACAUUUGUUAGGGUGUUUGUUUGAUCUCCAAAUAUUUGUCCUAUCCAGAUGUUCAUGUUAAUUUAACCUUCUCUCUCUCUCUCUCUCUAGCAGAGCAACUGCAUUCCGUACUUGAUUUUUAUCUUCUCUUAACUGUCUAAUAUGUGAAAACAAGCGAAGUCUCUGGAGGUGCACAGAGCCAACUAUUUUAUAUGGAGGGGUAGUAAUCACAGUUUUAUUAGGAUCCUUAUAUUUUUGUUAAUAUUUUUUUUUAAAUAGGUUUGAGAAAAUGAUAAGGGAAAUAAAAGGGAAUAAUUAUCAUCGUUUGAGAUUGUUUACUACGUCUCCUUUACUGGAGAUCACUGUCGCCUACAGAUAAGCAGAUUUCUUUUUAAGGAUUCCACCAAAGCUGAUCUUUUCUUCCUUAAGACCCUAUAACAAUACCAGCGGCCCCCAACCUUUGGAUCGCUAGGGACCGGUUCCAUGGAGAGAGGUUUUUCCGUGUACCGGAGGAGGCGUGGUUUCAUGUGCUGCCAGCAUCCUGCAAAUAGGGCUUUGCUUGUUUGUGCAGCCUGCUUUCUGGCAUGCCACAGCCAGUCCACCGGGGGUUGUGGGCCCCUGAACUAUACAAUCAAUCUAUCCAAGAUGCCAUUUUUACAGAUUUCGGAAAUUUCCAAACAGGAAUAUAUUAACAAGUGCUGUGCUCAGUGGCAUUUAUGAUACCCCAAAAUUAAAUGCAAAACGUUUGAUUUUAAAUAGCCCAAAUCUUGAGAAAUCAUCAAAUCGUGUAAGAUCUUGGUCUUUUUUGGGGUCAAAAGAUGUAAGAUUCUGGGCAUUUUAAAAACAUUAUUUUUAGCACCUCUGACGCAGCACUUGUUCUUGGGAUACCUCCAGCUUAAAAAAAACUUGCUAACUCUAUUACUUGUGCAAACUGAUGUGCAUCAAGCAGUCAGAUUCCAAUUUUUAUUUUUUUAUGUGGAAUAACUGGUGUUAUCCCGUGUUUAUGUAUUCCUCAAUCGCGUACCUGCAGGCCUUAUUCAUUAUGCCCCCACUUGAAUGUUUAAUAAACAGGGCAUGCUCUGGCUUCCUACAGAAGGGAUGGAUUUUUUCAGCAUUAUUUCAGAUCUAGCUGGUGACUCUAGUUCAAAACGGGGUGGGUGGGGGGGGAAUGGACAUGUAAUCUUCAGCACAGGCUGACAGACCACAGUAACUGGGUUCAAACAGCACACUUAUCCAGUUUCAAACAUGUCUGCGAAUGAUGAAAGUAUCCCAGUGUUAACCUUUUUCUGAAAGUGCACCGUGCCAUUGCAUGCAUGCAGCUGAAACUUCAUUUUUCUGAGUCAAUGUGUUGUGCAAACAUAGCCCUUUUAGUUAGUUCACGGUUCAGUAUAUUGUGGGAACUCAGAAAACCAGUUAAUUUAAAAAUGAAGUAGUUUUUUAAAUGCAAAUCCCGCCUUCAAGAACUGAAAAUUAGAUUAAUGCUACAAAAUGAGUUUCUUUAGGGUGUUGGGAUCCUCAACUCAAUUUUCAAAACUGCUUUUUACCUGCUGACUUAAAUGUCAUCUUGACCUUACAUUUCUAAUGUUGGUUGUUAUUGAGAUUGAGAUAAAAAAAGAACACUAAGCAAAUUGUGAAUUUGAGGGGAAGAAAUUAUUUGUUUUAAAUAUUUUGUAUGUGCUUAAUGGUUAGUUUCUUUUAAAAAUGUAUAUGUUCAUGUAGAUUUUAAAAAUCGUGUUGUGGCUGCUGUAAGUGAAAUUUUUUGAUAAGUUAAGAGCCUCUUAAUUGUGUUGGUUUACUGUUUUGUGUGUUCUUUUCCUGCCAUGCUGCUCCAUUCCACUGUUCACAAUACACAAUAGCCUAAUUUAUGAGCAUUUUAAAAAAAGAACAUUUCCCAACAUCUUUACUUUUAAAUUAGAAAUCUACUCCAAGAGUAGGAAAAAAAGUACAGUAAAAGCAAAUUUUACUUUCUCUCUUUUUUCUUUCUUGCUCUCCUUUUCCACGUGAUUUGUGGCAUCAACUCUUUCAUGGUUUACUUUGAAAAGAGAUGCUCUCAACUGUUGACUUUUGUUUUUAAUCAUGAAAGUACUUUCUUUGAAAAUAUGCUUAAAUGAUUUGAAUUAAGCACGAAAUCAUGUGUGUUGAAUUCUGCCCUAGUUAAAGAAGCUUUUCCAGAUUUGAGGACAUAAUCACUUUUCUCACUUCUGAUUAGCUUGAUGGGAGGCAGCCAGAAAGACCACCCUUCCUGCAUAUUUUCACCAUGAGAGAAUAACAGGAAACUUUAUAAUCACAUCCUUGAAUCAAAAUGUGAGAGCUCAGUCUAUGGAUUUCUUGGCUGGCUGAAGGUGAAGACGAGCCAACACUCUGAAGAAGCAAUCACCCGAUUUGGCACCUUUGAACUGUUAGACUGUGUCUCCCAUUGUCUCCAGCCAGCAUAGCUGAAACUGCAGUUCAAUACAUACAGUAUGGAAGGUUCCAGGUUUGCCAAAGUCUGUUCCAGGGUAUGGUAGAAUUGGUUUUAAUGCAGAUUGUCUUCGUUUGAAAUACUGUUAUGUGCGAGGAAUGGCAACUCACGUAUGUUCAAACCAUGUCUACUGCAUUGGGAAUGCUUGUUUGCCUUUUGCCUGGGUAGCUGUUAACUUAAAUAGAAAUUGUUCAUCUUAGCAAACACAAUAAAAACAUAUACAGAAUUUUCUUUGCAAAGAGCCAAUUUUGCUGCUCAGAGUCAUGUAUUUGAGAUGGGCAGCCAUGUGAAUGAAUGAACGAAUGAAUGAAUGAACAAAUGAAUGAAAAUUAAAUGCUGUCAAUAACAAAUUCUUCAUGGGGUGCUAUGAAACGUUCUGUUCUUGGUAAUAGUUUCUCUUUCUAUCUUAUAUAUUUCCACUUAAAUUCUCUGAAAGUAUGUAGGGGAAAAAGACAUGCUGUCAACUGUCCAAUUGAGUUUGAUUUUAUUAAAUUAUUUUUGGCAACA